GCUCUUUCUCGCGGAGGUUUAUUAUUAUUGGGUGGAGGAGGAGGGAGGGAGAGUCGGCCGAGAAGACAAAAUGCGGGGACUUCCCCCGCCCGGCAAGCGUGUCUGUGCGGGAGGCGGGAGGAGGCGGCUCCUCGGAGACCGAGAUAGAGAAGGGUGAGGGGGACAACCAAAGUGGAGAGGAAUCAGUACCAGCCAGAGCAUGCUCUCCACGCAACAGUUCCCUGCCCUGCCUGCGGAGGAGGAGCGCUACCGGCAGGUCCUCUCCGCCAGCCGGGUCUUAGGAACAGAUGAGGAUAAUAUGGGGGAUGGUUGCUCUCAGAAACUGGCUUCGGCCAGGUUCCUUCGACUUUUGCUCCUAAUACUGAUUCCUUGCAUCUGUGCCCUUAUCCUUUUGCUGGUGAUUCUGCUUACCUUUGUAGGGGUGUUAGAAAAAACAUGCUUUUAUUCAAAUGGAACUGAGGUCAUCACAGUUAAUGGUGACUUCGAAACAUAUGAUGAUCUUUUGCCAAACAUGAUUGAAAACAGUUCCAAGACUGAUCUCACAAUGGAUCUCAGCACACAGCCUUCUUCCUGGACCACCACACUUUUAUCCCACAUUGACCAAAUGAACAAGAACUCAAACAUGUUUAGAGAGUCUUUCCAGAAAAAUUCAUUUGGUCUCCCAACUCAAGCCACAGUGCUCAGUCAUCAGCCUACAAAUGAUGCUGCUUUGUCAGAGGGCUCUGAAGACAACACCCAGCUGUUUGCCACUGCAGAAGAGGUGACUAUGUGGUCUACAGAUGCAUCCUUUAACAACAUAGAGAGGAUGACCACUCCACCAGUAUUAAGUCCUACCCGUCCAUCUGCAUCACAAAAAAUGUAUCAGAAAAAAAGUGCCUGCAUAAAUAUCACCAACAGCCAGUGCCAGAUGCUGCCAUAUAACUACACCACUGUAACUUCAAUUCUUUCCAUUGUCAAAAGUAUUGAAAUGGAAAAGUUCCUGAAGUUCUUCAGUUAUCUCAGUCGACUCAGCUGCUAUCAACACAUUAUGCUGUUUGGCUGUAGUCUUGCUCUUCCUGAAUGCAUCAGUGACGGUGAUGACAGUCGAGGCCUCUUGCCCUGCAGGACAUUUUGCGAGGCAGCAAAAGAAGGCUGUGAACCAGUCCUGGGUAUGGUAAAUGCUUCUUGGCCAGAUUUCCUGAAGUGCUCUCAAUUCCAAAACAAAACUGAAAAUGACACCACUACAAGGGUAUGCUUCUCACCACACCAAGAAAAAGGAGAGCACUCACUGUGUGGAGGAGAGGAGAGUUUCUUGUGUGCCAGUGGGAUCUGCAUCCCAGGGAAACUGCAGUGUAACGGCUACAACGACUGUGAUGAUUGGAGUGAUGAGGUCCACUGCAACUGUAGUACUGAUGUAUUUCGUUGCAACACGGGAAAAUGCCUAAAUUAUACUUUUGUUUGUGAUGGAUAUGAUGACUGCGGAGACCUUAGCGAUGAACAAAACUGUGAUUGUAAUCCGGUAACACAUCAUCAGUGUGGAGAUGGAAGAUGUAUAACAGCUGAUUGGGUAUGUGAUGGUGACCAUGACUGUAUAGACAAAUCAGAUGAGAUAAAUUGCUCAUGUGACAGCCAGGGUCUCGUGGAGUGCAGAAAUGGGCAGUGCAUUCCUAGUGCAUUCCAGUGUGAUGGAGAUAAUGAUUGUAAAGAUGGAAGUGAUGAAGAAAACUGCAAUGAAAAUCAAACCCUCUGUCAGGAGGGAGACCAGAGGUGUUCUUCCUGUCCUGAUCCCUGUGGAGCUUCUUUCUGUGAGAUGAGAAACAACCAGGCGAACUGCAGUCAGUGUGAACCAAUUACUCUGGAACUUUGUAUGAACUUGCCCUACAACUAUACUUACUACCCAAACUACCUGGGCCACAGGACGCAGAAGGAAGCCUCUAUCAGCUGGGAGUCUUCUCUUUUCCCAGCCUUGGUUCAGACCAACUGCUACAAGUACCUGAUGUUUUUUGCCUGCACAAUCUUAGUACCAAAAUGUGACCCUCACACAAAUCAGCGGAUCCCACCUUGCAGGACAUUAUGUGUACAGUCUAAGGAACGCUGCGAGGCUGUUCUUGGGAUUGUAGGUCUGCAGUGGCCAGAGGAUACAGACUGCACUCAGUUUCCAGAUGAGAACUCAGACAAUCAAACUUGUCUAACACCGGAUGAAGAUGUAGAAGAAUGCUCACCCAGUCACUUCAAGUGCCGUUCUGGGAGAUGUGUCCUGGCAUCCAGAAGAUGUGAUGGUCAAGCUGACUGUGAGGAUGAUAGCGACGAGGACAGCUGUGGUUGUAGAGAAAGGGGCCUGUGGGAGUGUCCUUUGAAGAAGCUGUGCAUCAAACACACUAUGAUCUGUGAUGGUUUCCCAGACUGCCCUGACAUGAUGGAUGAAAAGAACUGCUCAUUUUGUGAAGAGAGUGAACUUGAAUGUGCCAACCAUGAAUGUGUGCCACGUGAGCUCUGGUGUGAUGGGCAGGCAGACUGCAGUGACAGCUCAGAUGAAUGGGACUGUGUUACCCUGUCUAAAAACAUGAAUUCCUUGAUGUUCCUGACUAUUCACAGAUCAGCUACUGAUAACCAUGUUUGUGCUGAUGAGUGGCAAGAAAACUUAAGCCAACUGGCCUGCAAUCAGAUGGGUUUAGGAGGACCAUCCAAAACAGAAAUUGUAGUAGAGAAUGAGGAAAUGCAACACCAAAAAUGGCUGAAUCUGCACUCAGACUGGAAGAAUAAAAAUGCAUCCACUUUACACGCUCUUCUAGUGAAUGGACAGAUGUGUCAAAGCAGAAGCAAAGUGGCUCUCUUUUGCACUAAAGAAGACUGUGGCCGCCGCCCCGCUGCUCGCAUGAACAAGAGGAUCCUCGGGGGCAGGACCAGCCGCCCAGGCCGGUGGCCAUGGCAGUGCUCCCUGCAGAGUGAGCCCAGUGGACACAUAUGUGGCUGUGUUCUGAUUGCAAAGAGAUGGGUCCUGACAGUAGCACACUGCUUUGAAGGGAGAGAAAAUGCAGCUGUUUGGAAAGUAGUGUUUGGAAUUAGCAAUCUUGAUCAUCCAUCGGGCUUCAUGCAGACCCGACUAGUGAAGACCAUCAUCCUCCAUCCACGGUACAACAGAGCAGUCGUAGACUACGAUAUCAGCAUCGUGGAGCUUGACAAGGAUAUCAAUGAGACAAGCUAUGUAAGACCUGUCUGUUUGCCCAGCAAGGACCAGUUGGUUCAGCCAGACACCUACUGCUACAUCACAGGCUGGGGACACAUGGGCAACAAAAUGCCUUUCAAGCUUCAAGAAGGAGAGGUUCGCAUCAUUUCCUUAGAACAAUGCCAGUCAUACUUUGACAUGAAAAUCAUCACCAGCAGGAUGCUGUGUGCUGGCUAUGAAUCUGGCACUGUGGACUCUUGCAUGGGUGACAGUGGAGGACCACUUGUGUGCGAGCAACCUGCAGGGCGCUGGACUUUGUUUGGUUUAACAUCCUGGGGCUCUGUCUGCUUUUCCAAGGUUUUGGGACCUGGAGUUUACAGUAACGUGUCACAUUUUAUUGAGUGGAUUGAAAGACAAAUAUACAUCCACACCUUUCUGCUAAAUUAACUCCAGAUGGUAAGAAUUGUGCUGACAGACAAAAGAAAAAAGGAGUCAGCACUUCAACACUAAAGGUUUUGCAGUCCAGAAACUCUAUAAAGUAGUUUCAAGCUCUAUCUGUUCUUGUUGUGGAGCUAUAGAACGAGCAGUUUAUGUUAAUGAUGAACCCUCUGAUGAUGAAUAUACUUUGGGGUAGAAUUAAUAAUCCUUUGGACUUUUCUUUUAACUGUGUUGUGGUGCUAUUCCAAACACAGCAAAAGGCUUAAAAGGAAAGAAUCAGCCACUUUCUGCCUUUCAGCUAUUAAAACUAAGUAGCAGUACAGGCUAGGAAAACCUUUUUAAAUAACCUAUUUUAAUACUAUUCAAUUAGUAGCACAUACAUUUUCACUCACUUCUUGUCAUGAGGAAGGAACUCUGUGCAUUCAGAUGGCACUGCAGGACAUAUAUUCACAAGGACAACACAAAGACAUGGUCGCACCAUACGUUGGAGGGUGUGGAAGAGAUUGAUGGGUUUGUACACCCAUGUGGCACAGGACACAUCAAAGCUCAUAUGCAGGUCUGCAAAGGUGUGUAGCCACAUGCUCCCAGUGUGCCUGUCUGGCACACUGCAUUCUGUCCCUCAGAGUGGCAAACUUGCAUGGGCAUAACCCUGUACUGUCCUGACUUCACAGCUUCUGUUCCCAGAGCCAGCUUGGGCAUCUCGGAGGAGUGAUGGAGGAACCAGUAGGCCAAAAGACCCGUAACUACCACUUGAGGCACCCAAGACCAAAACUUUAUUGUUCGUCACACUCUUUAGACAGAUUCUACCACUUUAUUUUCUGCAGCUUCCAGUAUCCUAACAUGUCCAGGAAACAUCCAUGUCUUGGCAGCAGUACAGUGAUCAGUGCAUUUAUCAAACCUGUGCCCCACUGGCUUUUCUCUUCAUGUGUGUUCAGCACACAAAGCGUGCAGGGACCUUCUCCAGCCCUCUAAAAACAUGAGAAGGUUGCCUAUGCCACUGCAAUGGUUUCCCCUUCUAAAGUCAGCUAGUUUGGACAUGUGGUGAGAGAUGGAAUAUGCAGAUUUAAAAUGGAAAAGAUAUAGUAUGGGCACUGUCCAUAAUGCUGGGAACCGAGUAUUUUUUGAUAGGUCUCUUCUAGUGCCUUGCAUUUAAAGUUUAAUUUUGACUAACAAGAGUAAAAAUUUGGGAAAAGGUAAAAAGCAGAAAGAAACUUGAAUAACAGGCAGCUUGAGAUUCCAGCUUCUGUUCAAAUGAGUAUUAGAAAUACGUGAAGCUAAGUACAACAGCUUUACCAGCAAAGGCUCAAAGAGCCUAGCUCUUGUGCUUGGUAGCCAGACAUGGAGUGCUCUGUGCAGUAGUAAGAGAAUAAGCCUUGACUCCAGGAGUCUGGUUGAAAAAGAUUAUAAUGGAGCUUGGCACCUCUUCAUGGUGCAAGAGGGACAGUGUGUCUUAUCAAAUUCUGUAGGUGAUGUGCAGCACAGCUCUCAGCUUUUGGGAGGCCAGAGAAGGAAGGAGAAGUCAGGAACCGAGGAUUACAGGAUGAAUUCCACUGGGGAAUAAUGUGUUUAAAAACUGUUUUCAGUGCUGUGCCUAGUCCCCCACAAAUCCAGCCUAAGGCACAUAAUUACCCUUUCUGCUACCUCUGGCAUGCCCCCAUAACAACAUGGCAGGGCCUUGUCAAUACCAUGGCUGCCAUAUGUGGAAACGUGCAUUGAAAGAAGUAACACAUGGACAUUUCAGGUACUAAUAAUCAUGUUGCAACUUAUCUACAUAGAUCUAUGCUUUAGUGCAGGUUUACCUCUUAUCUCCAUAUCUUCUUUAGCAUGACUAACAUUAGAACAUUAGUCAUAUUAGGCAGCGCUGUAGACAUCAAUAUCAAUACAUAUUCAAGAUUUAUGUUAUGGAUUCUGAAACUAAUUGAUUUUUGAAUCACUCAGAAAGAAAACCCUCUGAAGCUUUGCUACCUUUUGGUUUAGUUGUUUGGUUUUUUUUUUAUUUUUGGUAUCUUAAGGAUUUUUGGUUUUACUGUAACACUUUAAUAUUCUUCUUCCCCCAGCUAUAAAUGAGAGAAAGCAGCUGUGACCGUGUUUUUCCAGUGCAAGUAGAUUACAGCUGAAGCAGGUUACUGAUAUCUUUGCCUCAAGGAUAUCGAGGGUGGAGCUCUCAGUCCUCACUUCAGCUGUCCUCUGGGGCCAGGAUCUCUGCAGUUGUAGGGCAGCAAAGCUCAAAGUCCUGGAGCUGGUUACCAAGAGUUCCUUGAGAAGGCGGCCCCAGGGAUUGCCAGAGCCAGCCAGCCCUGCUGUCCCUCUGACAUGCCUGGUAACAGGUUUCAGCCAGGUCUGUUUUCCAAAGAGGUGCUGUUGCAGAAUGAGCAGCCCAGCCUGACUUCUCUCCACCCGAUGAAGUGGUUAUCAGCUUUGAAUAUUGUAAAGCACUGGAGUACAUAUAAUCAUUCAUGUAGGUAUUAGCAUUACUAAACGAUAACAUGUAAUUAUACAUUUUAAUUAACUGGGUUUGGCCUGCCACCAGUUUCCAAGCAGUCCCUCCCAGGAAAUGAGGGAGAGUCCUGCUUAAACAUAUGGUCUAGACCCAUCCCGUAUGGGA